CGGUUAAAUCUCAGGAUGGAUGUAAACUUCCGGUUAUCGUAGAAUGCUGUGCUAACGUAUGCUACCAUUGAAUGCUUGUCGUCAAAAACAUCCGAAACGGUUAAUUUUCGUCGUUGUUGUUGUUUAUCUUAAUGUUUAUGUUAAUGUUUUUACUUGUAAUACUUCGUCUUGACUUAUAACACGAUGACGUGUAAACGUACGAAAGUGUCCUUUCAAAAACGGGAUGACAGCUCUUCCAGCCAUCACUGCUGUGUGCCGCAAUGUACAGUGUCUGCCAGAUGCAAUUCUUCUGUUAGUUUUUUUACUUUUCCCAAAGACAGUGAAUUACAUAGACGGUGGGUGAUUAACAUUCGACGAGUCAACUUUCUUACAACAAACACACGAGUCUGCAGCCGACACUUUCUAAGUGAAGAUGUGAUAGAGCCUCCGACUCCAGCUGGGCGCAGACGUCUGAAGAAGGGAGCUGUUCCAGUGCUGUUUGAAUGGAACAAUUUCAGUCUUCCAGCCCCACGGCCCGGAGUUUGGGAAAGGACCGAGCGUCCCAACACAGAAGCCAUGAAUGAUCCGUCUGUGGAAUUGGACUGUCCUCCUGACCAUGACUACUGCAACAGUACUGAACCUGCUGCGCUGGAUAUGUCCCUUGACCACAAUGAAGAACUAAGUGUAGAGAUAGCAAGGCUCCGAAAUCAAAUUGAGGAGAUAACUAUCAGCAGCAAGUUCUGCUUGGAGCGGUUUGCUGGAUCUGAUGAUGACAUAAGGUUUUUCACAAGGUUUGCAAGUCAUGCCCACCUGAUGGCCUUUUGGAAGCAGAUAGAGCCAGCCACCCGCAAGAUCAUACGGGUGACAAGAGCACGAAGUGUAGCAAAGACUGAUGAGGUCUCUCACACUGGCAAUGCAACGGUGAAUAUAUUUUACAGUUGUUCUAACAAAGCAAGAUAUAUUGCAUCACCUUAUCAUCUUGAAAGUUAAGCCAGUAACAAUCUAUUUGUGUAAUGAGGUAAUAAUGGAAUUCUUACUCUUUUCAGGUUCUUCAACCCAUUGACGAAUUUUUUCUCUUCAUGAAUUUCUUGUCAUUGGGUCUGAUGCAGAAGGAUCUGGCCCACAGAUUCAAAAUCCACCAGUCAACUGUAAGCCGCAUCAUAAAUACAUGGGCUAACUUCCUGUAUACUGUACUAGGGGCUGUGGGUAUUUGGCUGGAUGAGGAGACUGUCAAAUCUCACAUGCCAGAGGUUUUUCAGGGUUACUCUGACACACAAAUUAUUUUGGACUGUACCGAAAUACGCUGCCAAACACCUAGUUCUCUUCUCCUCCAGAGUGAGGUGUUCUCAAACUAUAAAUCACACUGUACAUUUAAAGGAUUAAUUGGGAUGGCCCCUCACGGCGCAGUAACCUUUGUGUCGUCUCUCUAUGAAGGUGCCAUCAGCGAUAAAGAGAUUCUGAAGCAGUCUGGCAUUGUGGCUAUCUUAAACCCAUCUAUGGCCAUAAUGGUUGACAAGGGUUUCCUUGUAGAAGACUGUGUGCCCUGCAAGGUCCACAUACCUACCUUUCUGUGUAAGAGAGCACAACUGUCUGAGCCAGAGGUCAGGAAGACACAAUCUAUUGCCAGACUGAGAGUCCACGUUGAGCAGCUCAUUCGCAGGGUUAAGGAACAUAAAUUAUUCAGUACAGUAAUCCCUCUUUCAUUGACGGGCAGCAUUAAUCAACUUUACACAGUUGCCUGUCUUUUGGUCAAUUGUCAAAAUGGGCCCCUGGUUAAAGCCUGGGCAACCAAUGGCUAAUGUUGGCAGCACAAUCCUAAAAUGAACACUCAUGGAUGGCUAUGGAACAAAUAGGCUGUGAUGAAAUAUGUCUUUUUUUUCAAAAAUGUUUUUAUUGAGCCACAGAUUAUUGUACAGACAGUAAAUUAGUCAAGUCAGCGCUCACUUUUUUAUAACGGUAACAGUAAAGUUACAACUAUUAAUCUGUAUACAUACAAUAUUCAGUACAGAAAAACAGAAUUAAAGCACAUAGUGCGAAACCAAAGCAUAAAUAAUAAAGAAAUGAGGAUAGAGGAAAAAAAAGGUAAGAGUGCAUACAAGAAAGUCUCAGUAUUUGUAUAUGUAUUUGUUAUAAUUUGAUAUGUUACAAUUUGUAUAUGUGACAAUUAAAGGGGAACUAUGCAGUUUUUUUCAGCUUAAUUUACCUUAACUGAACAUUUUCGGAGUCAUUAGAAUGGUUAUAUGAAAGGAAACGGCAGACUGACCAAGAGAGGAGUCAGACACGAGUAAACAUAGGAGCUGCCAAAUGUCUAUUCUGAAGCAGUAGGGGGAGCUCUAUAGAGAAAUCCAUGAGCAAAAAGCGUGAAAACAGCCAAGAAAUGGCCAAAACUGCAUAGCGCCCCUUUAAUAUUACAAUGUUGUAAAUAAGACAGUUGACAAAAUAAAUUUUAAAAUGAUUGUACAAUAAUUCAUGUGUCUGUUCAGUUACUUUUCAUAGAGAGGUAUUUUGACAUGUAUGUGUUAAAGAAAAACAAAUCACAUCUCUCUUUCAGUGAGCGUAAUACAUCGCUGUCUCGGCAAAUGCGCUGCACGAAAAUGUCAUCGUGGGCACAGACAACAAAAUCGCACCAUUCCAUGCCUGUGAUGAGUAACUGUCCCUGGACUUGCCAAUAAUAACAAUGGCUUUUCUUCAAUUUGUGUAGGCCAUGGUCAAAUCUCAGGAACUUGCAGUCUAUGUAGCUGGCUACAUUUGGGCAUUUCAUUUCAACUAGACCAAAUGAUGGUCGCUCAAGUGGGUCAUAUACCAGCCCAUCAGGCGAUGCACCCAGCCAAGGUGCGUCCGGAUGCACGACUAGCCCACACUUUGUCAAAUUAAGAUUUUUUAGAACUGCAUAGUCCUUCAAUGCAUCUGCUU